UGGCGGCAGAUCAGCGGCCGGGCAAGAGGCUUCCCGAUAGCAGGCUUCCAGACAGCUGUGAGCCCUGUGGACCCGUGGUGCGACAGGUGCAAGGCAGGCGCCAAGGUGGAGUUCAAAUCACCAGUAGCAAAAGCGCCUUCCAGAAGUGAAGAGAUUACCAGUUCUCAGAGAGCAGGGAGCCACAGGUUCGGAAAAGACAGAGAAGUUGGCCGAUCCGUAUGGCUACCCCUGGUGAGAGAGUGGUCCGCAGACCCCAGGGACUUGGUGGGGAGCCAGAUGGGAGCGGCGCCUGCCUGAGUCCGCAGCACCACCUGGAGCGCAGGGAGACCCAGGAGCAGGCGCCAGGCCAGCUGGCCAUGCUGAGGAAGUCGCAGGAAUUUUUCCAGACCUGUGAUGCCGAAGGCAAGGGCUUCAUCGCCAGAAGGGACUUGCAGAGGCUCCACAAGGAGCUGCCCCUCAGCCUGGAGGAACUGGAAGAUGUGUUCGAUGCCCUGGAUGCUGAUGGAAAUGGCUUCCUGACCCCGGAGGAGUUCACCACUGGAUUUAGUCACUUCUUCUUCAGCCAGAAUAAUCCAGGUCAGGAGGAUGCAGGUGAACAGGUGGCCCAGCUCCAAGAGGAGAAGGUGUACCAGUUCCAAGGGGAUGAAGAUUUGGGCAACAUGGACCAAGAUGAGGAAGCUGAUCAGUUCCAGAGGUUGAUGGACAAACUAGGAGCCCAAAAAGUUUUGGAAGACGAAGACGACGUGAAGCAACUCUGGCUGCAGCUGAAGAAGGACGAACCUCACUUGCUGUCCAACUUUGAAGAUUUUCUAACCAGAAUCAUCUCCCAACUCCAAGAAGCCCAUGAGGAGAAGAUUGAACUGGAACGCGCCCUAAAAAGGAAAAUCGCUGCUUAUGAUGAAGAGAUCCAGCAUCUCUAUGAGGAGAUGGAACAACAAAUCAAAAGCGAGAGGGAGCAGUUUCUCCUGAAAGACACGGAGAGGUUCCAGGCCCGCAGUCAGGAGCUGGAAAAGAAGCUAAUUGCUAAGGAGCAGGAGCUGGAGAGACUCAACCAGAAGCAGAAAAGGCUGGAAGGCCAGUGCACAGCCCUGCAUAACGACAAGCACGAGACCACGGCUGAGAAUACCAAGCUAAAGCUUACUAACCAGGAGCUGGCACGGGAGCUGGAGCGGACGGCCAGGGAGCUCCAGGAUGCUCAGCAGCAGCUGGAAAUCCUCCAGCAAGAGGCCUGUAAACUGCAGCAGGAGAAGGAGCUGGAAGUGUACCGGGUGACAGAGAGUCUACAGCGGGAGAAGUCUGGACUUCUGAAGCAGCUGGAUUUCCUCAGGGAAAGGAACAAACACCUUCGGGAUGAACAGGAUAUAAGUUUUCAGAAAGAAAAGGCAGCCAAGGCUGACAAGGCUGCGCCCAAGGCAAGCAGGAAGCAGAGAUCUGGCUCUGUGAUCGGCAAAUAUAUGGACAGCAGAGGGAUUCUCAGAAGCCAGUCAGAGGAGGAGGAAGAUGUGUUUAGCCUGCAGAGAAGGAAGAGCUCCCUGGGCCUGAGUGGAUAUCCUCUUACAGAAGAAGACUCAGGGACUGGGGAGACAGGGGCUGGGGGUCCACCCCGCAGGGCCCUCCGCAGAAUCAUCUCCAUUGAGGAAGAUCCCCUGCCCCAGCUCCUGGGUAGUGGCUUUGAGCAGCCACUGAGCAAAUGUCCAGAGGAGAGGGAAGCCUCUGAACAGGCAGGAGGAAGACAAAUCCGGCAGGCCACGCCUUUGGAACUCACCCCCACAUCUCCCAGAGGACAACCUGUUGGCAAAGAAGCCCUCUAUAAGCAGGAGGAAAGCUCUCCCUCUACCCCAGACCGGCUCUUCAAGAUUGUGUUUGUGGGCAACUCAGCGGUGGGGAAGACAUCUUUCCUCAGGCGGUUCUGUGAAGAACGGUUCUCCCCAGGCAUGGCGGCCACUGUCGGCAUUGAUUAUCGAGUGAAGACAGUGAAUGUGGAUGACUCCCAGGUGGCCCUGCAGCUGUGGGACACAGCAGGGCAAGAGAGGUAUCGCUGCAUCACCCAGCAGUUCUUCCGGAAGGUGGACGGCGUCAUCAUCAUGUACGAUCUCACGGUCAAGCAGUCAUUCCUGUCGGUCCGGCAGUGGCUGAGCAGCGUGGAGGAAGCUGUGGGAGACCAUGUUCCCAUUCUUCUGCUGGGCAAUAAACUUGACAACGAGAAGGAGCGAGAAGUCCCCCGAGGCCUCGGAGAGCAGCUUGCCAAGGAAAAUAAUCUGAUCUUCUAUGAAUGCAGCGCCCAUUCUGGUCACAAUACCAAGGAGUCCCUGCUCCAUCUAGCCAGGUUCCUCAAGGAACAUGAAGACACAGUAAGGAUGGACACCAUUCAGGUUGGUCGCCCUGCCAAGAAGAAAUCCUGCUGUGGCGGAUAGCAGGGACUAUUUUCAAGGACUAGUCCCACAGAGCCUAAGAUUUCAGGGCUACCCCAAUCCUGCAAAUGGGCUGCUGUGUGGCACCACCUGGCCAGGCCCGUGCAGAGCUAUGUCUUUGUCCUAACUUGCCUCCCCCAAAGGAAGGAGGCACAUGUGGUCAGGAAUGAUACUCUUAGAGCAUUGUGGAGUCUAUGCUCUGCUUUCUCUGCUAGACCCCAAAUGCCUAUAAAUUUUUAUUGUGUUUUGUUUUCCUCCAGCCUGGUUUCCUGGGGGAAAGAAACACAAGGGCUUUUCCAGAAAAGCCACAAUAUGCCUUCUCCACCUCCCAUCUCCUCCCCUUGUCCUUAGGAGCCUCUGUACUACAGUUGCCAUGGCAACCAUGCAGGGCAGACUUGCAGCUUCCUGUGGGCCAAAAUGGACCACUUGGGCAAGGCCAGGGUGUCUUGUCUUGCUUUGGACCCUAUUCUCCAGAGGUCAAAGUAAUGUUCUUGAUGUGUACUUCAUGAACUUCAAGGGCCCUGAGUUGCUGAGAGAAGCAAACCAGGAACCUAUAUUCUAAGCUGCCCCUCCAGCUCCAGCCCAGGGGCUCUGCUCUUUCCCUAAUCCCAAACUUUGGAGCCUCUCAGUGGUCACAGUGCCCACUGGCUCUACCCUCUCGAGCUCUCUGGAGCAGUGCCUCACAAAGAAUCCACAGCCUUUCCUGCCACAGCUACCCUCGCCCCCAACCCUGACUCCAGGGUAAACUGUGGGUGACAAAUUCUUGCCUGGAGUUAGGGAGUGGGCUUAUUUCCUACUUAACUUUGAAUAAGAGAUGAAAAGAACCAAGGGGAAAACCAUCUGCUGCAGAAAAAAGCGACCAUUUCUGGAGGGUAUGAAUAAGGUCUAUAUAGCUAUAUAAAAGCCAUUUUCUAAAUGUUUCUCAAAAUAGCUCUUCAAAAAACCAUACAUGAUGAUUAACAGGGUAGAUUGGCAGGCCGGCAGUGAGGCCCAACACUAGGUCCAUAGUUACCGGCUUCAUUAUAUUUUAUUUUCCUUUAUUCCAAGGGACUGCAUGGCUGUGAUGUUGACAUUUUGCUGGUGUUUGAGAAGCAAACCGAGUGUAACUGGUGGCUUUGCCACAGGGCACUUGGACUGCAGGAACAAUCAGGGCCCCUGUGGGGUUCCUUAGGCUGGGUGGCAGUAUAUUCCCAGACGCUAGCCAGGUUCCAGCAUCAUUGGCUGGCUGUCGGGGUGCUGGCAAGGACAUUUUUGCCCUGGGUGGCCGAUUAGAUAAAAAGGUCACAAAGAUCAUGGCCAGUUAUAAGUUCAGGGCUGCAGACUCAGGUCCUAGAGGAAAGUGGGUGGAACAUACUCAAGGGGAGCACACUGAGACAGAGGGCAGAAGGUGUCCACAGGCCUCCAAGAAGAUGGUUAAAGACACCCCCACACAGCCAAAUGGACAGGGGAGAAGCCACUAACUAGAGUUCCCAAGGAUGUUGCUCCAGCCUCCUCCCCAGGCCCCAAACACUCAGAGCCCCUGUAGGUCUCCGGCAAGUGCCUCUUUGCAGUCUUCUCUCUCACUGCUCCAGCACUUGUAGGGGGAGCCCAUAGAGGUGCCAAACAAUAUCCAAGCCUGAGCUCCUGAAAAUGCUCCAUAAUCUUAGCAAGCUAGCUUCCUCCCUGGGCCCCCGCCUCUACUAGAAAAUGGAGGGAGGGGCUACUUGAUGCUCCAGAGCUUCCUGCUCAGAUGCUUACAGUGGCAUAUUCACUUUCCUUCAUCAGUGGCCCCAGACCUCACUCUGAAGAACUCACAGGAAACUCCUUUCCUAAGGGAAGGGCGGUGGUGGCAGCCUCAUAAUUGGACUUUGGCAGGAAAGGGGGAUGUGUGGGACACCCAGAGGUGGCCCUCAAUACCUCUGUGUAUGUGGGGUGGGCAGUAGAAGGUAGUGAUGGUCAUGGAGAGAGAAAACCAGGAGGAGGAGCAGGUUACCCCUGGGGUUCCCUAAGCCCACAGACGCCUUUAUUCAAGUCACUUGUCCCUUUCCAGGUUACAUUUUUCCCAUACAGAGGAGGGUAUGACCACACUGGUGCCAGGCCUUCUGGCAUGUGGGGUAACUCCCAUGGUUCUUCACAGGUCCAGGCAGAGAAGCAGGGGCAGGGACACCUUUGCUGCUCCCUUCUCCAGCCUCACUGUAAAAGAGAAGAGAAGAGGGGACAGCAGGGGACUCGGUGUAAUACUUGUCCCCUGCUCACAACCUCCCCUCCUCCCAUUUCUUUUAAGCUAUCAUGUGGGUCAGAGAUACCCACAUGGUGUCACCCACUGACAGACGACUCAGAAGAACCUUCUGGCUCCAACCCAUUUGGUAGUGACCUUGACCUGAACCCAGUUUUCUCAUUCACGUGUAGAUUGGAGGUUUCAAUGCCUACCUCACAGGGAUAUUUCAAAUGCUUAAGGGGGUAAUGGAGGUGAAGUAUUUAGCACAGUACCAAGUAGGUCUUAAUAAGCCAGGUCAAUUUGGGUUGUCAACAUUGAGUCGCUACCUAGCCCGUUUGCCUUGCUUCAGUUUCAAAUUUGGAUCCAGCUGACAAUUACCAAGCAUCUACCCUGAACUGAGCCCUUUUAUAAACACUACCUCAGUGAGUGUCUCUGCCCAGCCCAUUCCCUAGGUUUUGAGCUCAGAGCUGGCUUUGUCUCAUGGCCUUGCUGUCCCUUGCUCUUGUUUGUUCUCUGCCUAGCAGAGCCUGAUGCAUGAUUUCAGCCCCAAUCUAUGGUUCCCUCCCUCUGGAGAGUUUUUUGUCUUCAUUUCUUCAAAUAUUCUUUCUACCUCUUUCUCCUUCUCCUUUCCUUCUGGAACUUUUAUUGUACAUAUCUGGCACUCUUGAUGGUGUCCCUCAGGUUUCUGAGACUCUGUUCUUCCUUUUUCAUUGUGUCCCUCAGAGUGGCUAAUCACAGUUAACCUAUUUUCAAGUUCAUUUAUUCUUCCUUCUACCUAAUCAAAUAGGAAUUUUAUGCACAUUUUAGUGCAUUUUUCAUUUCCUUUAUUGGAUUUUUCAACUCCAGAGUUUCUAUUUGGUACCAUAUCAUAAUCGUUCUGUCUUUAUCGAUCUUCUUUACUUAGUAGGACAUUAUUCUCAUCCUUUCCUCUUAUUCUUUGGACAUGUCUUAUUUUAGGUGUUUAAACAUACUUCAGUUUAUAUUUAAAAUCUCAAACCUUCCCUGGGCACAAAUCAAGUUCUACUCACCAUUCCCUGCUUCCUUUCUCACAUUCUACAAAACACAACUGGGAUCUGGUUCCAUCGCUUAACUCCACUUCUGACCACCUACCCUAAGUCUCUCCUUUCUUCUGAAUUGAAGAAGGGAAGAGGGCCUUGAGACCUGAGAGACCCUCCCUUCCACCUGAGCUUCUAGAUGCCCUGCUGCCUGCUGGAGGCGAGCUGCUCAGGGAGGUGCUCAGUCCCUUGGGGAAGUCAGGGGAGGACAGACAUCCUCAGGCAGGACUCCCUGUGCUGGCAAGAGCACCCUGCAAAGCUCUGCUCAGAAGGGAUGGAUGUGGGAAGACAGCACACCAGAUCUGAAGCUUGAAAUGAAAAGGCAGUUUACUUCAACAUAAAUAAAAAUUACAGUCCACAAGCAUAGAAGUCCCAAGACCUAUGUGGUAUGUUCCUGCAGGUUGGAAUUAAAGCCUCAACUUGGCUUCAGGGGCUGGCCCGGGAAGUACUGCCACCUCUCCUCCUUUCACCCAAGAAUCAGAAAGAGGCUAAACAAAUUCAAUCAAAAGCCACAGGUCUUUCUUUAUGGGUUAUUCCUCCCUCCUUAUAGAGAGGGGUGAUUGACAGGAUGCAAGCACUUUCGGAACGUCCAACACCCAUUCCUACCUCUGUUGGUGUUUCUAUUAAUAGAGUUACCAGCAAUAGCAAUAACGAAGAACAUCAUAACUCCACCUUUCACCCAAUUCAGCGGAGCCAAUUUAAUCAAAGUGCCCUACUUAGGAGAACAGUGCUGGAAAUGAUGGGGGUUGGGAAGCCAUAUGGUGCUUGGCAGACAACUGAAAUCAAUGUGGAAACUGAGGAGCACAGGCGAGGCUGUGUCAUUUAUCACUCUGGGGCCAGGGCUGAGUCAGGUCCAAGCACUGACCCUUGUUCCAAAUUGGGACCUCAUCAAGGCUUUGGCUAGGAUUCAAAAGUGGUACUUGGAGACCCUUGUCAUAGCACCAGGAGACUUUUCUUCCUACAAAUGAGGACUCCUAGGACCAAUAAUGCCUGUACUAUCAUAAUGAAUUAUGGCUGGAUCUAUCUGACCUAUAAAAAUAAAUACUGCUCAUAAAAACACUGCACCACUAAGCAAAAA